AUGGAUCGCCCUGUCUCUACUCAUCUUGAGACGCCCAUGGAGGGCUGCAUCGUCGUCAAGACCUGCAUUAGCGACAGUGAUGGGGAGAGCGACAUUACCGAAGAUAUUCUUAGCGGCGGUGUUAACUUAGAGAUUGCAGCGGCCCCGGCUUUGACGGGCCCCAGGACGCCUACACGACUCCGAAAAAGGUCGGGUGCGCGGGGCGUCGGGCGCAGCGAGCGACAUGAGCGGCUCGGCCUUCAGUUCCCUGAACGCCAAAACGUCUCGAUUUACUCCGCGGAUGUUCAUGCGCCAAGGGCAAGAGCCCCGGCAACAAGCAUAGGGCCGAGGAGUUUAGAAGCGACAGGAAGCGAAUCUCGUCCCGAUCUCGCGGUGCUCAAUGCGGAACACUCGGUCCGACUAUCCCGAGUUGCGAUGCAGCCUACCGUCUCAGCAGGAGAAGCCAGACACGCGACGAAAACGGUCAACACUGUUAGGACAAUGCAUGCCGGAGCUCAGCAGGAUGUUGCGGCAUUUGGCCCAGGAAGGACUCGGAGGGGAAGGAUCAAAUUCGUCAGAGCUGGGCUGGCAGCCGCCGGGCGCAACCCCGAGUCCGGACACGCCGAAGGACCGGACAUCGCCAGAUUCUACCAGGAAAGGGCUGUGAUGGAAACACAGAUCCGGUCCAAGGAUGCCUUGAUCCAAAGGCAGGCCGCAUAUAUUGAAAAACUCCAGGAGGUUAGGGAUCGGGUCGAGAAGCAACUGGCGGCGGCGAGCGAGAGGACGACCAGUCCCCCGUCAUAG